CUCUGGCCCGGCUCUCGGUGGUGCGGGGAGCGGGAGGGAGCAGCGGCCGCUCUGGUCGGCGGACGUGCUGCCGAGCAGUCCCGGAAGCGAAGGAGCGAUGGCGGAGAGUCCGACGGAGGAGGCGGCGACGGCAGGCGCCGGGGCGGCGGGCCCCGGGGCGAGCGGCGUCGCCGGUGUUGUUGGCGUUAGCGGCGGCGGCGGGUUCGGGCCGCCUUUCCUGCCGGAUGUGUGGGCGGCGGCGGCGGCAGCGGGCGGGGCCGGGGGGCCAGGGAGCGGCCUGGCUCCGCUGCCCGGGCUCCCGCCCUCGGCCGCUGCCCACGGGGCCGCGCUGCUUAGCCACUGGGACCCCACACUCAGCUCCGACUGGGACGGCGAGCGAACCGCGCCGCAGUGUCUACUCCGGAUCAAGCGGGAUAUCAUGUCCAUUUAUAAGGAGCCUCCUCCAGGAAUGUUCGUUGUACCUGAUACUGUUGACAUGACUAAGAUUCAUGCAUUGAUCACAGGCCCAUUUGACACUCCUUAUGAAGGGGGUUUCUUCCUGUUCGUGUUUCGGUGUCCGCCCGACUAUCCCAUCCACCCACCUCGGGUCAAACUGAUGACAACGGGCAAUAACACAGUGAGGUUUAACCCCAACUUCUACCGCAAUGGGAAAGUCUGCUUGAGUAUUCUAGGUACGUGGACUGGCCCUGCCUGGAGCCCAGCCCAGAGCAUCUCUUCCGUGCUCAUCUCCAUCCAGUCCCUGAUGACUGAGAACCCCUAUCACAAUGAACCUGGCUUUGAGCAGGAGAGACAUCCAGGAGACAGCAAAAAUUACAAUGAAUGUAUUCGGCAUGAGACCAUCAGAGUGGCAGUCUGUGACAUGAUGGAAGGAAAGUGUCCCUGCCCUGAACCCCUACGAGGGGUGAUGGAGAAGUCCUUCCUGGAGUAUUAUGACUUCUAUGAGGUGGCCUGCAAAGAUCGUCUGCACCUUCAAGGCCAGACUAUGCAGGACCCUUUUGGAGAGAAGCGGGGCCACUUUGACUACCAGUCCCUCUUGAUGCGCCUGGGACUGAUUCGUCAGAAAGUGCUGGAGAGGCUCCAUAAUGAGAACGCCGAAAUGGACUCUGAUAGCAGCUCGUCUGGGACAGAGACAGACCUGCACGGGAGCCUGAGGGUUUAGACCCUGCUCCCCUCUCCCCUCCCCCCACUCGAGAGUCCCAGCAAAGUCCCUUCCCCCCACCCCAGGGAUGGAGAGGCACUUGUGUAUCUCCCUCCAAAUGUGACAUCAUCCCGCAAGAUGGCAAGAACCAAGCAAGCUUGGAUCCCAGGGUGUGGAAGUGGGGAGGCUGUUCCCGACCUGACCUCCUUGGCUCUCGAGCAUCUGGGGCUGUGUUCAUCCCAUAUCAGGGGCCAAGGUACCUAUGCAGGAGCACCUAGGGCGAGGGCCUCUGGCAAAAACAAAACAACCAACACACCUCUCCACAGGGCCAGCUCCUUAGGGACAGGUGGAGACAGAAAUUGCAAUUCCUAGAGGGAGUGUGCCCAAAUGAUUUAUGGGGAUAUCUGGAAGGGAGCUUGGGGUGGGGGGCUGUCUGUGACACUUAAGCAGUCUGGGUGGUUGUCUGUCUGUCUGUCGUCAGUUUUGAAGCAGGGCUUCCUGAUGCCCUUUUCCUCCCUGCCUCUUUACCCCCAUUAUUUCCCACAGGCCAGCAUAAUUUUGUUUUUCCUAAUUUAUAGUCACUGUUCUAGACAGACCAAAGAGAAGGAACAGUGGUGGAGUCUAGGCUGCUGAUGAGUAAGCUUUACCUAGCACCUGAGCACCUUUCUCCUCUGCCCCCCAUUCCCUCACUCAUUCUAGAUUUAAGACAGAAGGUAAAUUUGACUGGGCCUGAACCAAGGUCUUGGUAAAGCCUGCACAGGCACCAUAAGAAGCUGAAAAUGCCGUUUGUUCCCGCAAUCACCGAUUUGAAAAGUUCCCAACGCAGACAGCUGUUGUGUGUAUGGGAUUAGAGCCACUACAUAGAACAGUCUCUUACAGAUUUUUCGUAAAUACUAGUCACAAUGAGGGUAUUACUCCUGGGGGUGGGGUACAGGGGGGAGGCUGAUGCUAGUCCUAUUGUGUUUUGUUUGGCUGUCCUUGUGUGUUUUCACCUCAGCCUGUAGCCCCCCAUCUCAUUUCAAAGCCCAGGGAGUUGUGGGGAGCAAGGGUAGCCAAUGGCAGAGGGGAUUGGGGCUGGGACUCUGAAGACUCCUCCCCUUCUCUCCCCCCCCCCCCCCACCCCCCAACUGCUCUUUGUCACUGACUGAUGGGUGUUUGCCUGGCUGUGUCGCUUCUCUAUUUAGCUGCAGUGAUCCUUUAGCUGGUUGGCUCAGAAAAAUGUGCUUUAGGUGCCCUGUGACACUGGGCAUCGAGGGGACCCAUCCUUCCCCUUUUUGAUGUGUUCUCCUGUACUUUCCAGAUUCUUACUGAUAGGUCUCCCAGUGGGGUAUUGGUGAUCCACAUGACACAGGGCCUCAGUCAGUAUCCAGCCACGUGUAAGGGAGAGGAUAACUUGUACCUGCUCUGCCCGCUGCUAGAGAGGCCUCUGCCUUGUGGGUCAUGGGACUUCCUGGGGAAGUUGGGAAGGGGGUUGGGCACAAAGGAGAAUGUCCUACUUGGGAGGGCAGGAAGCAAAGGAACUGGACAGGAAGUGGGCUAGGGGGACAGAAGUUUAGCUUUGAUACCUGAAGGCUGGGUCUCUUCACAAGGAGACUCAAGAAGGGGCCCUGCUUCCAAUUUCCCUCUUCCAUUCCCAGAGCUAGUACAGGGCUUGGAAGAAUGCCCUUGGUCUGUUGGUCCAGUGUUAACCUGUCAUACAUUUAAGUGUUCCCACUUUCAAGUGACAAUCCUCUCCUUGGUCCUGCCAUGGGCAGAGCAUGUCUGGCGUACUAGCCUGACUUUUACGUCCUAAUCUUGAGUUGAGGAAAUAUAUGCACAGGAGUCAAAGAGAUGUCUUUAUAUCUGACUGUACAUAAUGUUUUUUUUUUUUUCUUUUUUCUUUUUGGUGCAAUAAAGUUUGUUUUGGCAGAAGGAGGAAGCGCCUAUGGGUGUGGGAGGGUUUGUGUAAAAGGAAGAACGGGAUCGUUUUGACAGCCACACCUCUCACCUAGGCCUGAAACUGUCAGGGAUAAAGACAGUGCUCAGUGGAAGCCAAAAACUUGGGUUACGUGGUGUGGGUGGAAGCAGGACUACUGGUGGCAAAAGAAAUAGUGUCCUUUUUUUGAGUCAAGGAGAGGAAUGCCAUCUUAGCCUCGGCUGCUUCGAAAGAAAUACCUGUUCAGGAAGUGAGCUUGUCCUCAAGGACAGGCAGAGGUAGAGAUGGGCUCAGACUAUAUAUAUCCCCUUGCUAAGGGAAAGGUGUCUUAGGAUGGAUAGUCCAAACCAUUGGGUUUUCAGUUUUCUGAUACCAAACUACCCCUUCUUGGGAAUUCAGAAUUCAGACCAUGAAGACAGGGCUUAAUGCUGGCCUCCCAGCUCAUCACCACCUUCUCUACUUGCUAUAGAAGGCUCUUACUUUCUGGUACAGAGGCUUUUCAUCUUGGCUGACCAUGUGUGUAAGAAGAAAUUAUACACAAAAUGUCCUGCCAACCUGUGCCACGCAAAGCUGCGUACAGGAAAGCGUGGGCCCGGGGGGGUAGUGGGCCUAGGCUCUAGCUUUGGCUCUGCUUAAGGUGGUGGCCUCUGGUCAAUUAGAUUCCUCACCUGCCAAAGUUAAGGACACCUAUUUAACUUUUAAGAUUGUGAGGACUAUACAAGGUGUAUAUAAAACUGGGUGUCUGGUAGGUGCUCAAUAAAUGAUUUCCUUUCCCAGCCCUAAAGUUAGAGGGAUGACCUGGUAAUCACUAUAGGAGGAAAAGGUAGUCAGGAAUUGGAGAAAUACUGCAUCCACUAUUGGUUAAUUCCUCUCAAAUUUUCUUUUCUCUAACCACCAUUUCACAUUGACCUCUAUUUCCUUCAUACUCAUAGCUGAGUCUGCUGCCAUAACCUGGAACCCCUGCCAAGGAAGCUGGAAGAGACUGAAAGAGUGACUAUUUAUACUGGUCCAUUAGGGUCUGCUCGUUUGAGAUAAGGAACAUUUUAUGAGGAAGGGGUUUGAAUUAACAGAGGCUAUAAUUUAUGUCUCAGGGCCACAGAAACUAGACUGUCUAGCCAGGAGACAAAUGGCCUUCAUUCUAGGCCCAGCUCUACCAUGAACUUGUAGAUGACCUGUGCAAGUCAUUUUAUACAUGUUCACUGUUAUCUAUGUUACUCAGGUUGUCCUUAGUGGAUAAAAAAGGUUUUCUCCAAUAAAGAUGCAAUGUGAAGGCACUUUAAAAAAAUAAUAAAGUAAUGGGUGAAGAAUACUGGGGGAAGAAAAAAAUUGGAAUUUUUCUGGUUUUUUGGUUCUUUUUUAAAACAAAGUUGUCCAGGUUUUAUUCACCACCAGCUCCUCCCUCUUCUCCCUGCCUGCUGCUGUGCCCCGUUCCGCAUUCCCAGUCAGGGGAGGGCUUCUCUGGCCUCCUCAGCUGUAAUCUCCUGGGAGUAGAGAUCAGUGAAGAGAGCUGGCAGCCAGUAGUGGGCCUCCCCUGGGGCCUGCAGGUCCAGCCAAGCCAGCCCUUCCUUCAGCAGGUGUUCCUGGCAGAAAAAGGAAAAGUCAAUUGAGAGAGGGGAGUUUACAUAAUGUAAGGUAGAUAAUGCUCAAACCUAUCUUGGCUUCAGUGGGGUUUUCAAACUAAAUCUACAAGAGUGCCUUCACAUAUUUACACAGCCAAAUUAGAAUGAUUUGUUUAGCCUAGAUCUUUGCCUGAGGUGUGAGAAAUGCCACCAAGUUGCUUAAUCUGUGCUGCUGGGAAAGAGGAUAACGACAAAGUGGGAUGUUGUGGCAGGAAGGGCUACAGAAAUAUUUGCUACAUGGCUUUGAGCAAAUCACUAACUCCAUUCCCUAAAACAAAAUGGAGAUCAGUACCUUUCAGUUAACUUACGGAGUAACAGACAGCUAGGGGGAAACCUUUUUGGAAAAGUUAAUGGAAAGACCAUAUUAGUAUCAGAAUGGACUCAUAGUUCCUAUAGCUGGAAGUAUGCUCCAGAUGGGUUGGUUCUACCCAAUAUCAUUAAAUGUUUAUGUUAUCCCCACUUCACAGAUGAGGUUAAGUCUAUAGUUCAACUGCCUGGGUAAGGAGAAAGGUAUUGAAAGCCAGGGUUCCUACGUGUUCAUGCUACUCCCUCUUCACAACAUCAGUCUUUCAUUAGUACCAUGAAAUGUGUAUAUAUAAAACUAUAUGUAAUAUGCACUAUAAUAGUAUAUAAUUAUAGCAAUGUAAUUAUCAUCAGUAGUUAGUAAUUCCCUUCACUCUGUACUAACAGUGUUACUUCCAGUACAAGCCACAUUAACCAUCUGGCCAGGCUUUACAGGUCAGCAGAGAGAGGUGUUGGUGACUCCCCAGUGGCAGUGGCGGCCUGGCUGUACCCAUGUGCCAGGGCUGGAAGCCUGCCUUUGUGAGUUCCACCUCUCAGUGCCAUCUUCAGAGAAAUGCUGGGGUUACUUCUGGUGUGGCAGCAGCAGCCUUCCAGGCAAGAAGUCAGCAGAGAGAGAGAGGCCAAAGCUCUUGCCUGUGUGGUAUCUGUCUACCCACCUCCUCCCAUCUGGGGCCCAUCUUUUCUGGGCCAUUCCAAAAGUCACAUACCAGCACUUGCCGCGCUCGCUCCGUCUCCCAUUUAAGACUGGCUUUGAUGUCACUGACAGUCACAUAGCCAUUUUUCUGAAGGAAGGAGGAAUGGGGACUGCGUCAGUUAAGAGUGUGCUUUCCCUUAGAAUCCAGCAUCUGCCCAGGGACAAUUAAUUUACCCAGGCAGGAGGGGGAACUGCCCUUGGGUGAAGCCUAAGAGAGCAUAGAAGAAUGUUUAGAGGUCCCAGUAGAGAGCAAGAGAGAAGUGACUUUCAGGAUGACAGAGGUAGGUUGAGGGGUUCAGUCUUAAAAAGUAGAGUCAAGUCCCUGGUACUAAAAUAUUAAUGUAGACUUUAUCAGAGAACUCUAAAGUAUGACAAGGAAAGAUUCAGAAUGAUUAACUGAUAGGAAGGAAUGGUGAUCAUCAUAAACUGUUCAUAAUCUAAAAUAUUUAAGUAUUCAGCCCUUGUCCUGCCUCACCCUAACCAUUCCCCAAUCCAGAAAAGCCCCCUCCCUCGUUUAGUUCUAUUCUACAUUACAGAAUUGAGAAAACUGAACAUGUCUUCCCUAAAUACAUGAUAAGGAUUUUGAGGAAGAUGAUACAGCUUAAGGCACUGCUGAGGAACAGGAGGAUGGCAAACAAGAUUAAACAUUUUUUCAAAGAAUCCAUAAAGUAGGUUUAUGAAGACAUCAAAAAAUCUGUCCACCAAGGAAAUUCAGUUAGUUGUCUGCAUGUCUGUCUACACUAGACUGUAAGCUCCUUGAGAGCAGGAACUAUAUGGUACCCAUCUUUAUAUGCUCCUACAGCCUGGCCCAGUGCUUUGCACUGUAGCUGCUCAAUAAACGUCUGCUAAAUAA